AGAGAGCAUUCAAAAGACUUGGUAGCUCAUUGAUUACACUCCAAACAUCGAACCAGCGCAUACAUUACACUGCAAACAUGGGUUGUAAAAGAGCGUUGGGUGUACUGGCCUUAUGCCUGGUGUGUAUGGGAGCUUCAGCAAAAUCGCCUUAUUUGCGACAAGAACUUGACGAUUUUCUGAGCGGUAACGGCUUUCCUGAUCCAGAUCUAGCACCUCCUAAGCCGCCAGCUGGGUGUUUCGUAGACGGCAUUAUGCACAAGCCGGGGGAGCGGUUUACCAAUAAAGAGUGCACCGCGUGGUGUAAGUGUAACUCUAAAGGCGGCUACCGUUGCGUGUCCCUGUGCCCUCCAGUGAUGAUAAAAUGCCCCGAGAAUCAGCGUGUGGCCUAUCACGAAGUGCAUGCCGUACCAGAAAGCACGUGCACUUGCAAAAGGCCACACUGUGUUGAUAAAGCGAUGAGUGUCAGGUCCCUGUUCGACUGAGAAGCUUGGCGUGAGCUAUCUGUUUGGAACUCUUGAACGAACUACAAGAACAUGAACAAGCCUCUCCUCGAUAUCUGCGAAAGCUAUGGGAUAAAUGGAUUAAUCCGAUGAUGAAGUUUACUACCGUUAAUUCUCCACAAACAGACAUAACGUGAACAGCACGGCAAUUUAUUUUUCAAAGCAUUCUCGUAAUGUCAUUAGAAUGUAUUAAAUACAGAGAGAAAAUGUAUUAAGAGAAUGUGAUAAUGUAUUACACAUAAAAAUGAUAUUCACCAAAAUUAAAUAAAAUAUUCAUCAAGAUA